CUAUAAUUGUAGUAACAGCGAAAAGCAACGAGCGAAAAAUAUUUUAAAAAAUAUCUUAAUUAUCCUAUAACUACUUAUUCGAAAUUUUGAAAUUAAAUUGGGUUAUUUUAUAAAUACUUUGGCAAUUAAACUAGGUUUUAUUUAUACACAUAUGUAUACAUAUGUAUGUACGUUAUAUCUGAAGAGAAGCUAUGUUCAUACAUACAAUGUGUACCUCAACAGUAUGUACUUUUAGGACUAAGCACUAGUAAACGUAAAAAAUAAUUAUAUAUCUUAAUUUAUAAUAUAAUGAUUAUAUAAAAUGAGUGUAUAUCACGACGAAGUUGAAAUAGAAGACUUUGAAUAUGAUGAGGAAGAGGAAAUGUACUACUAUCCGUGCCCAUGUGGUGACAGGUUUCAGAUUUCCAAAGAAGAGCUAAUAGAAGGCGAAGAAGUUGCUAUUUGUCCCAGUUGUUCUUUAAUCAUAAAAGUUAUUUAUGAUCCAGAAAUGUUUAAAGCCGAGGAAGAGGAAGACACUGUUCUUAAUGAAAAGUUAACUCAAUUAAAAUUGGAAAUCAAUUAAUGUAUAAUUUAUAAUUUAAAAUGAUAAACACUUUCUAUAGAUUUUAUAUUUUAGUCAAAUAAAGUUUUUUUUUAAUUUAAAAUAAAUAAAUGUAUAUUUGUAUACACAAGAUCUCA